AUGUUCAAAGUGGAGAGAAAUAUGCCUCCAUGGGGACAUUGUGUUCAAAUUGGAGAUCCGGUGUUGAGAGAAAUAGCUGACGAAGUGCCAAAAGAAUUAAUUAAAUCACCUGAGAUUCAAUAUCUUAUUAAACAAAUGAAAGUUGUACUUAAAGAUUAUCGUCUUGUAGGAAUUGCCGCACCACAAAUUGGAAUAAGUUUACGAAUCAUUUUAAUGUUUUGUGGAGAACAUCUUAAAGAUGUUAUCACACCAGAAACUUUUAAAGCGAGGGAAAUGUCAACUUUUCCUCUUACUGUGUUCAUUAAUCCUGAAUUAGAAGUCGUCGAUCAUAGAAAAAUAAUCAUUGAAGAAACUUGUGCAAGUGUCGUCGGAUUUGUAGCUGAAGUUCCAAGAAAUUAUUCUGUAAAAGUUAAAGCUUUCGAUCGCAAUGGGAAAGAAUUUCAACACACAUUCACAGGAUGGAAUGCAAGAAUAGUUCAACAUGAAAUUGAUCAUUUAAAUGGAAUUCUCUUUACUGACCUUAUGAAUAGAAAAUCAUUCAGAUGUACAAAUUGGGAGAUUGUGAAUCGAAAAGCAGGCAGAAUUGUGAUUCCAUUCUAUCCUAAAAAGUAA